AUGGGGAUUUUGGGGGUGAAAAUGCUGGACUCCGAGGUCCAGGCCCUGCUCCGUCGCUGCGAUGGGGACGGGGGAGGGGCCGGGGGUGGGGGAGGGGCGGCCCCUCCCCCCGGGGACCCCCCCGGGGACCCCCCCGAGCCCCCCCCGGACCCCCCCGGGGACCCCGAGAGGACAGAGCCGUGGGCGGGGCCCGAGGAGGGCGUGGCCGCCGCCCCUCCCCCCCCCAGGCUGAGCUUCGCCCCCGAGGCCGUGGCCAGGUUGGGGGGGGCCCUGGGCAGGGUCCAGAGGGGGCUGCAGCACCUGGGGACGCACCUGAGCGCCAGGGCGGAGCUGGCGGAGCCCGGGCGGGAGCUGCUGCGGGAGCUGCUGCGGGAGCACCGGCGGCUGCAGGAGCUGACUCAGCACCUGCACGAGAAACACCAGAGGGAGGCGCUGGAGCUGGCGGAGCUGCAGGACAAGGCCAGCUCAGCAGAGACGAAGGUUCUGGAGAUGGGGACGACGCUGGAGGGGCUGCAGUGGGACAGCGCCAAACUGCGCAAGAGGGAGGGCAGGCUGGACAGGCACCUGGCUGAGGCACUGGAGCAGCUCACCUCAGGCUCCUACGGCUCCGGCAGCUCCGGGGGUUUCCAGGGGGGUCAGAUCACCCUGAGCAUGCAGAAGUUUGAGAUGCUGAACGCGGAGCUGGAGGGGAACCAGGACUUGGCCAAUUCCCGCAUGGCCGAGCUGGAGAAGCUGCAGCUGGAGCUGCAGGCGGCGGUCAGGGGACAGGAACGGCUCAAGGUGGCUCUGCGCUCACUCCCUGAGGAGGCCGUGAAGGAGGCUCUGGAGUACAAGGUGCUGCAGUCCCAGUUCUCGCUGCUCUACCACGAGAGCCUCCAGGUGAAGACGCAGCUGGACGAGGCGCGGGCGCUGCUGCUGGCCACCAAGAACAGCCACCUGCGCCACAUCGAGCACAUGGAGAGUGACGAGCUGGGGGUGCAGAAGCGGCUCCGGACCGAGGUGAUCCAGCUCGAGGACACCUUGGCCCAGGUGCGCAAGGAGUACGAGAUGCUGCGCAUCGAAUUCGAGCAGAACCUGGCGGCCAACGAGCAGGCAGGCCCCAUUAACCGGGAGAUGCGUCACCUGAUCAGUUCCCUGCAGAACCACAAUCACCAGCUCAAGGGGGACGUGCAGCGCUACAAGCGCAAACUGCGCGAGGUGCAGGCCGAGAUCGGCAAGCUCCGCCUCCAGGCCAGCGGUGCCCCUCCCCCACCCAGCCCAGCCCCUCCCCCACCCCCUCCCACAUCUUCUUCCUCCUCCUCAGGCCCCUCCCCCUCCUCAAGCUCUGCCGCUCCCCCAGAAGAAACCCCUCCCCCCACCCCGGCCCCUCCCCCUUCCGACGACAAGGAGGGUGUGGCCGCUUCCGGCCCCGCCCCUUCCUCCCAAGACCCUCCCCCUAAAUCUGCCCCUCCCCCUUUAAAAGAGGAAGAGGAAGAAGCGAUCCCCGGCCCCUCCCCCACCCCGAACCCCGCCCCCCAACCUCAGCCACGCCCCCACCCCAAGGAGCCGCCCCCGGCCCCGCCCCCUCCCAGGCCCCGCCCCCCUGGGGGGCGGGGGGAGGGGCGAGAGCGGCCCAAGGGGGCGGGGCCUGAGGAGGGGAAGAAGAAAGACUCGGAGGUGCUGAAGCAGCUGAGGGCGGAGCUCAAGAAGGCGCAGGAGAACCAGAAGGAGAUGAAGCUGCUGCUGGACAUGUACAAAUCGGCGCCCAAGGAGCAGCGCGACAAGGUGACGCUGAUGGCGGCCGAGAGGAAGAGCAAGGCCGAGCUGGAGGAGCUGCGGCUGCGCUGGCGGGAGCUGGAGGAGCGCGAGCGGCGCGAGAGCAAGAAGCUGGCGGACGAGGAGGCGCUGAGGCGGCUGCGGCUGAGCGAGGAGCAGAUCGAGCACCUGCAGCGACGGCUGGCGGCCACCAAACAGGAGGAGGAGGCGCUGCUGUCGGAGAUGGACGUGACGGGCCAGGCCUUCGAGGACAUGCAGGAGCAGAACCUGCGGCUGCUGCAGCAGCUGCGCGAGAAGGACGACGCCAACUUCAAGCUGAUGUCGGAGCGGAUCAAGGCCAACCAGAUCCACAAAUUACUGCGAGAGGAGAAGGACGAGCUGGCCGAGCAGGUGCUGGCCCUCAAGGCGCAGGUGGAGGCGCAGCUGCAGGUGGUGCAGAAGCUGGAGGAGAAGGAGCGGGGCCUGCAGAGCGCCCUGGGGGCCGUGGAGAAGGAGCUGAGCCUGCGCUCGCAGGCGCUGGAGCUGCACAAGAGGAAGGCCGUGGAAGCCGCCCAGCUGGCCGAGGACCUGCGGGCUCAGGGCGAGCACGUGCAGGCGCGGCUCCGGGAGCUGCAGGUGUGCGCGGCCGAGAACCGAGCGGCCAAGGACAAGGAAUCGCUGAGCCUCAAGAGGGCGCAGGAGGAGCUGUCGCGGCUGCGCCGGAAGCUGGAGAAGCAACGCAAGGUCGAGGUUUACGCCGACGCCGACCAGAUCCUGCAGGAGGAGAUCAAGGAGUACCGGGCCCGUCUGACGUGUCCGUGCUGCAACGCCCGCAAGAAGGACGCGGUGCUGACCAAGUGCUUCCACGUCUUCUGCUUCGAGUGCGUCAAGAGCCGCUACGACACGAGGCAGCGCAAGUGCCCCAAGUGCAACGCGGCCUUCGGCGCCCACGACUUCCACCGCGUCUACAUCAGCUGAGCCCGCCCCCGUCCCCGGCGGUCACCUCGUGGUCGUUCGCGGCCCUCGGUCCUCGUCGUCGCGGUUGGGUGUGGUCGUGCCGUGGUGGUCACUUGUGGUCAGUUGUGGUCAUCUUAUGAUGA